AUGAGUCAUACAGCUUCGGGGAACUGGCCACGGAAACUUUUAAAUUGGGAAACACUUACCUCCCAGAAAUGUCGGCUCCACCGUAGCAUCCCGCGUAAAUUCUCGUACUGCCUAACCGAUGCUUCUAAGGGAAAUGCAAAAAGCAAGAUAGAUAUCGGAGCUAACGCAAUCGUGUCUAGCCGCGAUUCGAUCUCUACACCUUUGGUCUUAAUGAAGCCUCCAGACUUCUAUUACAUCACAUUGAAAGCAAUCAGCAUUCAAAAUAUGAGAUUACCCAUCACUGGAGUAACUAAAAUAUCAUUGAAAGGUAACAAGUUUGGUGCUCCUAAAGGUAAUGCCUUUAUAGACACAGGCACAACACUAACUUAUUUGCAUGAUGAUAUCUACUAUGAAUUGGAAGAAGAACUAAUAAGCAUGAUUCAAGAUAGUCCAAUUCCUUCACAAAGUAGUCUAAAACUUUGCUACAAGAACAGCAAGAACUUUCAAUUUCCGACAAUCAUUUUCCAUUUUUCUAGAGGCGCUAACUUGACUUUGCAGAUGAAAAAUACUAUCGUUCCAUAUAGAGGCCAAUUGUGUCUAGCGAUACUCCCAAUUGAUGAAAAUCUAGUUAUAUUGGGAACAUAUUACAAAUGA